CUCUCUUUUUCCGUCACCUGGUCUCCCACAAGUCACGUGCCGUCACGUCACGUGGUGGGGGGCGCCUGGUGGUGACAUUCGCUUCAGAACGGGAAGUGGCAGCCGAGAGUGAAAACCGGGAGCGGGACCGAGAGCCGAUGCUGUAAGGCCUCCGGACGCUGCGUUACUAUGAGUCUUGUGAACUCCUCCAGGACCAGCUUUGAGACGUGGGAUUCAGAUGACGCUUGUUGCGGAGCUAUGGCCGGUGCUUGCGCCUUGAACACCAAGGAGGAUGUCACCAGCCCCUCCAUGGAGACCCCCGGGGGGACCCCCUCUAGUCUGGGGUUGGAGGAGAUGCAAGGAUAUGAUGUGGACUUUGACCCCCCACUAGAGAGCAAGUAUGAGUGUCCUAUCUGCCUGAUGGCGCUGCGGGAGCCGCUGCAGACACCGUGUGGGCACCGAUUCUGUAAGGCCUGUAUCCUGAAGUCUAUACGGGAUGCAGGACCCAAGUGUCCCGUGGACAAUGAUCUCCUCCUGGAAAACCAGCUUUUCCCAGAUAACUUUGCCAAAAGGGAGAUCCUCUCGCUUACCGUGAAAUGUCCCAGCGAGGGCUGCGAGAUCAAGAUGGAGCUGAGAAAACUGGAGCAUCACUUGGCGGCCUGUGAGUUUGCCAGCGUAGAAUGCAGACUGUGCCAGCAGUUGUUCCAGAGGAGCCAGCUACAGCAGCACUUGGAGGAGGAGUGUCCCAGACGCCUGGUAUCCUGUGAGAACUGCCUGACGGACAUGCCCUACGAGGAGAGGAGGGAACACGACCAGACCUGCCCCUUGGCCUAUGUGACCUGUGAAUACUGUCAGACCGAUCUCGCCCGUAAACAGAUGGCCUAUCACUACGACAUGGACUGCAACAAGGCCCCGAUUCCGUGCACCUACAGCCACUUCGGAUGCACAGAAAAGAUGCAGAGGAACGAUCUUGCUCGGCACUUGCAGGAGUUCACCCAGGCUCACAUGCGGAUGAUGGCCCAGACCCUGAGAAGCGUCAGCAGUUCCGUCACGCCGCACUCCAACAUGGCCAGCGUGUCCCUUGACCCUAACCAGUUCGAGCCCGCUCCUCCAUCCUAUCUAAUGCCAUCUCCCUUAAUCUCCACCCCCCAUGACUCCAGCCAGCAGAUCCAGAGCAUGAAGGAGACCAUUGAACAGCUGGAGGCUCGCCUGGUGAUUCAGGACCAUCAGAUCCGCGAGCUCAUAGCCAAAAUGGAAACCCAGAGCAGCGUCGUGACAGACUUGAAACACACAGUCCGAACCUUGGAGGAGAAGCUGGUGGAGGUGGAAGCGCAGCAGUACAACGGCAUCUUCAUAUGGAAGAUCAACAACUUUAGCGUUCACCUCAGGAACCAGGAAGAGGAGAGGCCGGUGGUCAUCCAUAGUCCCGGAUUUUACACAGGAAAACCAGGAUAUAAGCUCUGCCUCCGGAUGCACCUGCAGUCGCCCAGUGCCCCCCGCUGCGCCAAUUACAUCUCCCUCUUCGUGCACACCAUGCAGGGCGAGUUCGACAAUUUCGUUCACUGGCCCUUUCAGGGCACCAUCCGUCUCUCCAUCUUGGACCAGUCCGAAGGCUCCAACAUUCAGGACCAGGAGGAAAUCAUGGACACUAAACCAGACUUGUUGGCCUUCCAGAGGCCCACCAUGCCCCGGAACCCCAAGGGCUUUGGUUACGUCACCUUUAUGCCCAUCCAGGCCUUAAGACAGAAAAUGUUCAUAAAAAAUGACACGUUGCUCGUCCGCUGCAUCGUCACCACCCAAGGUGAGCUGAGCAGCCCGCGACGGGAGGGAUUCCACCCGCGAAACAGCGACGGGGCCACCCUAUAGUCCGUUGUUUGGGAGGGGAGAGGACUUGGAGACAAACAUUGGUUCUUAUCAGAUGUUCUCGGUAAUGGUUGGGAAAGCGGCCAUGUUUUUAUUUUAUUUUUUUUAACCUUUAAGACUAUAAACCUUUUGAUUUUAUUUUUCACACUGCUGCCAUUUUUUGUCCAUAGACCGGUGUUUCCCAACCAGGGUGCCUCCAGCUGUUGCAAAACUACAACUCCCAGCAUGCCUGGACAGCCAACGGACAGCUUGUUAUCCCCCCUAUUUCAUUGUUUUCCAAACUGUGUGACUCCAGCAGUUGCAAAACUACAACUCCCAGCAUGCCUUGUACAAAGCCUUUGUUUUCCCAGGCAUGCUGGGAGUUGUAGUUUUGCAACAGCUAGAGGCACCCUGGUUGGGAAACUUCUUUAGAUUUUGAUGUUCGAUUUUGCCCUAGACCUGGCCAGAAGCCCGAUAAGGUCGUUGGGUAAAGCUAUGGGGCUCCUUUACAAAGCUUUUGGCUGUCUGGGCAUGCUGGGAGUUGUAGUUCUGCAACAGGAUGAAUGCAGCGCACUCCAUUCGGUCAGAGCCCCUCUGAUCAGCUUGUUAUUCUCCAAUCAUAGUGUUUCCCAACCAGGGUGCCUCCAGC